AUGACAGCAGGACACAUGCCACAGCAGAAGUCUGUACACAAACGUGCCGUGCCAGUGCUGUUUGCAAAUGCAACACCUGUGCACUAUGUGUUAUCUCCUAUCUUAAAUUCACUGCAGGAAUCCUCCUGUGCCUAUGUGCUGAUAGUGACUGCUGUGUAUUGGAUCUCAGAGGCUGUGCCCCUUGGAGCUGCUGCCUUGGUUCCAGCCUUCCUGUUCCCAGUGUUUGGGCUGCUCAAGUCCAGUGAGGUUGCUGGAGAAUAUAUUAAGAACACAACUUUACUUCUUAUGGGAGUUAUUUGUCUAGCAGCGUCUGUAGAAAAGUGGAACUUGCACAAGAGAAUUGCCCUGAGAAUGGUCAUGUUGUCAGGGGCUAAGCCUGGCAUGUUGUUGCUGUGUUUCAUGUGUUGCACCACCCUGAUCUCCAUGUGGCUCUCUAACACAUCCUCUACUGCCAUGGUGAUGCCGAUUGUAGACGCUGUGCUGCAGCAACUAACCAACGCGGAAGAGGAAAAUGAGGGAACUAUCAGCAAUGUCUCAUCAGCUGCUGAGAGCAACCAGCAAAAAGGGGUGUCUGAGAAGCAACCUUCAAUUGAGCUCAUCUUCAUCAAUGAGGAAGCUACAGCAAAGGACCUGAGUAAACUGAUUCAGAGCAAGCAGAAUCUAAACAGUGUGCACAUGAUAGCCAAUCCAAUGAGAGUGGUGAAGCCGCCAACCAAUGGCCAGUCGCUCCCUCAGACACAGAUCCUGGUUUUGCCUCCUACUGACACGACAGAUCUAAAGCCACAGGGGAAGUACAGAUCCAGAGAUGAUCAGAUGAUCAGCAAAUGUUUGUCACUAAGUGUUUCAUAUGCAGCAACCAUUGGGGGCUUAGCCACCAUUAUCGGGACAUCAACCAGUCUGAUCUUCCUGGAGCAUUUCAGCAAUCGGUAUCCUGAAGCAAAGGUUGUGAAUUUCGGCACAUGGUUUGUGUUCAGUUUGCCUAUCACAAUUAUCAUGCUGCUGCUGACCUGGGUAUGGAUGCACUGGCUUUUCCUUGGCUGCAACUUUAGGGAGACUUGCUCUCUCAGCAAAAAGAAAAAGACCAGACAGGAGGAACUAUCUGAGAGACGGAUCCAGGAGGAAUAUGAGAAACUGGGUAAAAUGAGCUACCAAGAGAAGGUAACAGGUUUCUUUUUCAUACUGAUGACCAUUCUGUGGUUUACACGAGAGCCUGGGUUUGUGCCAGGCUGGGAAUCCUUAUUUGAAAAGAAAGGAUUUAGGACAGAUGCCACGGUUUCUGUUUUCCUCGGAUUCCUUCUUUUCCUUAUACCAUGCAAGAGACCGACGUUUAUGAGUUUUUGGAGAGAAGAAACAGGUGAGAAAUCUCAAAGAAAAUCUCAGUAUCAUGAGGUCAGUUACCUUGAUGGUCCAAUGCUGACAUGGCAGGAAUUCCAGCGUCACAUGCCCUGGGAGAUUGUUGUACUGGUUGGAGGGGGGUAUGCAUUGGCUGCAGGGUGUAAGAGUUCUGGCCUUUCCAUGUUGAUUGGACGUCAGAUGGAAUGUCUCAGCGGCCUUCCUUCCUGGGCUGUAACUCUGCUUGCUUGCAUGCUGGUCUCUGCUGUGACCGAGUUUGUCAGUAAUCCAGCUACUGUGACCAUCUUCUUGCCUAUCCUGUGCAGUCUGUCUGAAACUCUACAUAUCAACCCACUGUACACCCUCAUACCUGUUACUAUGUGUAUUUCUUUUGCUGUGAUGCUACCAGUGGGAAAUCCUCCAAAUGCUAUAGUGUAUAACUAUGGAUAUUGUCAAAUUAAAGAUAUGGUAAAAGCUGGCUUUGGAGUGAAUAUCAUAGGCCUUGUUGUAACUAUGGUAGCCAUUAACACCUGGGGAGUCAGCCUCUUUCAACUUGAUACAUUUCCUUCAUGGGCAACAGCAGGGAACUUCACUGGCUAACUGUGAAUGAGCUUCAGAGAGAGGAUGGAAUUAUGGAGUUUGAAUUUUCUACAAACCGCGUCUAAUAGGCUGCUUCCCAAAGCAAUGACCAAGAGAACAAUGAAUGAGGAACGUUCAUAAUUGUGCUUGGUGUUUUACAAAAUAUUUAUGAAUUAAAUGCACUUAAUCUUGUUUAUUUAUUGAUUAAUUAAUUAAACAGAUAUCUACAACUUUA